CCGGCCGCGACCCGGGCCGCGCGCGCGGAGUAGCUCUACGGUUCUCUUCGCCGCUGCUUCUUCUGAUCCCGGCUUUUAGCCCUGUCGCUCCCGCCGGCUCCGGGUUCGCCGGCUGGCGGGGAGUGGCCUCAAGAUGGACGAAGGCGGUGGCGGUGAGGGCGGCAGCGUGCCUGAAGACCUGUCAUUAGAAGAACGAGAAGAACUUUUGGACAUUCGUCGAAGGAAAAAGGAACUUAUUGAUGACAUUGAGAGGCUGAAAUAUGAAAUUGCAGAAGUGAUGACAGAGAUCGAUAACUUAACAUCAGUGGAGGAGAGCAAAACUACUCAGAGGAACAAGCAAAUAGCCAUGGGAAGAAAGAAAUUCAACAUGGACCCCAAAAAGGGCAUUCAGUUCCUCAUUGAGAACGACCUGCUGCAGAGCUCCCCAGAGGAUGUCGCCCAGUUUCUUUACAAAGGCGAGGGCCUGAACAAGACCGUCAUUGGAGACUACCUGGGUGAGAGGGAUGAUUUUAAUAUCAAAGUUCUUCAGGCUUUUGUUGAGCUUCAUGAGUUUGCUGAUCUCAACCUUGUCCAGGCCUUAAGGCAGUUUCUAUGGAGCUUCAGACUUCCUGGAGAGGCACAGAAGAUUGACCGCAUGAUGGAGGCCUUCGCUUCACGAUACUGCCUGUGCAACCCUGGGGUCUUCCAGUCCACAGACACAUGCUACGUGCUGUCCUUUGCCAUCAUCAUGCUCAACACCAGCCUGCACAACCACAACGUGCGAGACAAGCCUACUGCCGAGCGCUUCAUCACCAUGAACCGCGGCAUCAACGAGGGUGGGGACCUUCCUGAGGAGCUGCUGAGGAACUUAUAUGAAAGUAUCAAGAAUGAGCCAUUUAAGAUCCCAGAAGAUGACGGGAAUGAUUUGACACACACGUUCUUCAACCCAGAUCGAGAAGGCUGGCUGCUGAAGCUGGGGGGCCGUGUGAAGACCUGGAAACGGCGCUGGUUCAUCCUCACAGAUAACUGCCUCUACUACUUUGAGUACACUACGGACAAGGAGCCCAGGGGGAUCAUCCCGCUGGAGAACCUCAGCAUCAGGGAGGUGGAGGACCCUAGGAAACCGAACUGCUUUGAGCUGUACAACCCCAGUCAUAAAGGGCAGGUCAUCAAAGCGUGCAAGACAGAGGCAGAUGGCCGUGUGGUGGAGGGGAACCAUGUUGUGUACCGGAUCUCUGCCCCCAGCCCUGAAGAGAAGGAGGAGUGGAUGAAGUCCAUCAAAGCGAGCAUCAGUAGGGACCCAUUCUAUGACAUGUUGGCCACGAGGAAAAGGAGGAUUGCCAAUAAGAAAUAGGUGACGCCAAGACCCAGACUCCACAGCGGAUGCACUGGCUACUCACAAGCAGCAGGACGAGGGGGCAGUGUGGUGCCCAUGGGUCCUCCAGAGCAGCUAGCCAAGGCCCAAGCCCCCAGAGCCUUGUCCUCUGGGAUGUUGGUCAGCUGUGAGUGUUUCCUUCCUGCCACUGCCCUGGCAUUGACCCUUGGGGACCCUUGUCCACACAGCACCUGGUGACCCAGCCUCAGGACCUGCACAGCCCACACGGGACUCCUUUUCUGGAGCCAGAGCCUCAGCCCACACCACGCCACACCAACUCUUUUGGGCAGCACUAGCUGUUCUAGAAGUCGCUGUUUUAUAUCAAAAUGGGAAAGGAAAACCUACCACUUUUUUUAUUCAGAAUUUUUCUCAGAUAUAUAGGAUUAUAGCUUUUAUAUGCCUUUUAUAUUCUGAAAAUUAUAAUGAAAGAUGCUUAAUUUCUAACAGUAGUAUUUUUAGAAUGGCAGCUAUAAACUUAACUCCUGGACACAAGUAUAUACUGUGCACUGAACACAGUCUAUAUAUGCAGCCUCCAACCUUUUGAGUGGGAGCAGCUGGGGGCCUGAUGUGUCAGGUGGGGCACAGGCAGCCAAUCUGGGUGACAAGGCCCUGGGGUAACCAUGAGGACCAGAAUGCUUGGGAGACUCCAGGUGUGGCUGUCACUUCCUUCACGUGCUUCUCUAAGACAAAUCACUAAAAUAUGAUUAUGGCUCAGGAUGUUUAUCCUGUCAGUGUUAAGGCUUGGCAGAUAAGAGUCCUUUCCCUCGAGACAGGCUGUUUACGUGUCUGACCAUCACACAUGACUGUUCCAUGUGCUCCAUCUGCACAUGGCCCAUGUUGGCUUCGGUACUUUUGUUGCUUGCUGUUUCAAACUUUUGGUUAAGUGCUCACUGACACAGUAACUAGAUCCACUAUUUUGAUGUAGUGUCUAGACAUAAGCAGCCAGAAGUAGCCCACAUAGCCUCUGGUAGUGCUAGGUCUCCAACAUUUGGCAUCUCUUUUAAUGAGGGAAAAGCUGAAAAUGGCACUCAGAAGCCAGUAUGAUUUCAGGGACUGUGUGCUUGGGCUGAGACUGGGCAAAGUGGUCAGACCUCUUCUGUUGCACUUCUGGAGAGGCCCAUUCAUAAUUUGGGGGACCCUUUUGAGGCUGCAUGUGGCUUGUUCGGAAAAUGGUCUUCCCUGCCAAGCUGCUUCCCUGGUCUGUCUGUGCAGACACACCUGGAGCUUGCAUCCCGACGGUCCUUGAAAACCUUCAACCAAAUGCACUCAGACAUGACUUUCUGUGAGCUGUCUUGAGGCUCGUUGCCUCAGAGGUAGCUGUCACAUAAGAUUUUUGUGGGGUGGUGGUGGCGAAGGCUGAAAUUCCCUCAUGUACCAGAUUGCUCACCUUUUGGUUUAUUCCCAAGCUUCUAGGUUUUUAUUAAUACCUCAGAUUUGAAACCUUUGAGCUGCAUGCCUGGUGUGUAUGUAGCCUGGCUUCCAGUCUUCCAUGAUCCCUACUCCUAAGCCUUUACCACCUCAGAACAGAACCUGCUGCUGGUUGGGCACCUGUGUGUAUGGAUAUGAGUGGGAACUCACAUCCUUUCCAUCAAGACUCUGGUGAAUCUGCCUUCUCAUGUCCAACCCAGGUAUGGUCCUGGGGAUACAGAGCUCUGUUGGAUGUUGAGGAUGGUGUCUUUAAUGCCAUAGUCAUCUUUGAGGGGACUUUGCCUGAUGGCUGUUGGUGCUAAGAAUCCUAAGUUACUGGCUCUCAGAGUAUCUACAUGGAGUCACCUAACUCAGGUUGUUGUGACAGUGUUAACCCCAAGGGCAUCUGGCUACUUCCAAGGUUUGCAGAGGCUCAGUUAUACUCAUGCCCUUUGUCUGCACUCAUCGAAGCAUUAAGCCCGACUCUGGCCAAAGACCAUUUCCUGUCCUGCUGGGCCCUGGUUGUCAUUUUCAGGUGUAGGUGGACUGGCCCUGGAGGUGUCGGAACACUUGAGUGACGUGGUCCCACUCUACCCAGGAGCUGUUGAGAAGGAGCAACCUUCUGUGCUUCAUGUCACACUGGUUUCCAGAGCUACAGCUAUGCUUUGCUGACCAGUUCAGUCUGUUACAGACCAGAAACCACAAGUGAUUUCUUUCUUUUUAUCUUAGAAAACAUUUCUAUUUACAAUAAAGUUACUAUGUAAAUAAUGUACAUAUCUAUUAAUUUCUGCAGUGUUUGUUAUACAAUGUACAUACUCCUACAACCUGCAUGAAGAAAUAUCCUAUUAAUGUUGAUAUCAGAAUUUCUGGCUAUUUUAUUGCAAAGCAAAUAGCUAGUAAAUUGGAGGGCUUAGAGCUGUCAAGAACUAUUGCAAAUACUGUGUUCCCAAAUAAAAACAUGC